AACCAUUUCGCUGGUUCCCACUAAAACCUAUAAAUAACGUCAAUGUCAUGCAAAAAAAGGCAAAAAGGCAGGAAUUCGCAGAGGGAACACGCUGUAAAGCAUAAAAGAUUUUCCCUCAGAUAUUUAAAGUAAUAAACUGCAAAAAUGAAAGUUCAGAUUGAGGUACUACUUUCUCAGCUUGGGAAUCCAGGGCGUUAUCAAGUCUUCAUAUUCCUACUCCUGUGUCUGAACUACUUUCCUUUAGUUUUCAAUCAUGUGAUCAUGGCAUUUUUUGGAUCCAGACCAAAGCAUCAGUGUCAUUCAAGUGCUUACUUGGCUGGCUAUAUGACAAACAGUAUAUCAAACUUUAAUGAUGUACAGCUUAAUUAUACAGUGCUGGGAACCAAUGCCUCAGAUGUUGGUCAUUUUGAAAGCUGCAGUGCGAGCUAUUUGUAUGCCGGGAACCAGAGUAUGUCAAUAGUUUGUCCAGAGAGUGAUGAGAGUUUUCUGAUAUACCAGAAAAGGGAACAAGAGUCUACAAUAGUUACUGAGUGGGACUUGGUGUGUGGUAAAGCAUAUUUAUCAUCUGUGGCAACAACAAUCUAUUUCUGCGGAGUCAUGGUGGGUGGGGUACUGUUUGGACAUCUUGCGGACAAGUUUGGCAGGAAGCCUGUCAUGAUGAUAUCCCUGAUUAUGCCAGUUGUUGUUGGAGUUGCUACGUCCUAUGCACCAUGGUACUCAGUGUUUGUGACACUGAGAUUUGUUCAAGGUGUUUUGAUGCAGGGUUUACAAACUUCAACAUACACUCUAGCCAUGGAAUUAUUCCUGCCGCAAUACAGAAGUUACGCAGGGGCUAUCCUCGAGUGUUUCUGGGGACUGUCCGUCAUGACUGUUCCGUUUCUAGCGUACCUGAUUCCCAACUGGCGCCAUCUACAACUUGUAAUUUCACUUCCAAGUGUUGUGGCCGUGUUCUAUUUUUUUGUAAUCCCAGAAUCUUUGAGAUGGCUGAUCCUGAAGAAUAAAGUAGAAAAAGUUGAGGCUCAGCUCAGUACGAUAUCAGCCUGGAACCGGAUCGAUUUUCCGCACAAUGCCUGGGAGGAUUUGAAACUUCAGCUGGGUACCAUGAUAAAAGAUGUAAAACAGUAUUCAAUGCUUGACUUGCUGAAAACACCCAAGUUAAGAAAGAGAAGUCUUGUAUUGUUCUAUCUAUGGUUUGCUAUAUCAAUUGGUUACUAUGGUUUGACAUGGCAACUGACAAGUCUCCCUGGAAACAAGUAUUUGAAUUUCUUCAUCGCUGGUUGUGUGGAGUUUGUGGCAUAUACUCUUGUUAUUUACAUCACAAAAAGGUUUGGACGUAAAAGGCCUCUUCUUAUAUACUUUAUGUUGGCCUCCUUAUUCAUGAUCAGUGCAGGAGUUAUCCCCUUUGCUUUCGCUGACGUCAAUGUGUACAUUACCAGUGGUCUUGCUAUCGCUGGAAAGUUUGCUAUGGGGGGUCUGUUUAGUGUUAUAUUUCUAUACACAUCAGAGCUGUACCCUACUAUUGUAAGAAAUAUUGGAAUGGGUAGCUGUGCUUUCUGGACCAGAGUAGGUGGAGUAAUUGCACCUCAAAUUAUUGUUCUGAAUCACUUUAGCAACAAAUCUAUGCCCCUCAUUCUUUUUGGAUUGGUUACACUGGUUGGUGGAUUUCUCAAAAUUCUUUUUCCCAGAGACGUUUGGCCCGGAAAGGGUUUCCUGAAAACCCUUAAAAAGAUGUAG